UGGUUGCUGUGUAGCGGAGUGUUUACUGAGCUGCAGCUGCAGAGCGAACAGUACCCGCAAAACUGAAUCAGAAAACGGAGUUAAAACCGGAUUAUUACACUCAGAGACGGAUGCGCGAGACUUCCGGUUCUGUAUCUCAGUAUCUCAGGAUUUAUUAUAUCAGGGUGUUUCUGAGGGAGGAUGCACACCACUCGCAGCCCUGCGUCGGUGCAGUCCGGACGGGCGAGUGAUGCUCUGGAUCUGAGUCUGAGCGGAUCUCAGCUCUCCAUGCGGCUCCGACCCGCCAGCGCCUCCCCGGGAAAACACUUCUCCAGAUCCAUCUCCAUAUCUGUAGCCGGAGACGCCCGAGGAAAACGCAACACACUCGUUGAUGGGUUUGGAAGUUCUCGUGGCAUUAAGAACCUGCGGAGAUCCAACAGCACCACACAGGUGAACCAGCAGACCAGCGCCAGCCCCAGUGAUGGGGGUAACUCUGAGGACUUUAUGGCUCUGUUUGACAGCAGCACUGAUGGAAGGAGGAAGUUGGCCAGUCUCUCUAAAGCCUCUCCAGACAGAACUACGUGGAAUAUACUGGACGAUCAGCCGAGGGCGUUCCCAUUGCCCUGCAGUUCCCGUGGUCCCGGUGGCGGCAGCGGGAUCGAUUCCCCUACAGGCCAGAAGAAACGGGAGUCAGGACUCUCCCUCGCUGCUAACUUCACCGCUAACAACAGGAGUAAUAAAGGAGCGAUGGGUAACGCCGUCACCACCAUCCUGCACAACAACCACUCAGAUAAACCCCUCACACCCAAGAGCUCCAAUCAGAAGCCCUGCUUUAAUAAUAUAAUAAAGGCCACAGUGAACGAUGAGGGAACUCUGGAGAGCAGCUCUCUCACUAAAUCACAGAAGAACUUCUCCUCAGCUUCAUCCAGCUCUAAUAACAACGUCCCCCGCAGUCCACACAGUCCACACAGUCCUCACAGUCCACACAGUCCUCACAGUCCACACAGUCCACACAGUCCUCACAGUCCCCGCAGCGCAGGCAGACGGGAGGUAUCUGAAGAGGAGGCUGAGAGGUAUAUUCAGCAGGUGAGUCACGCAGCCGUCACCAUCCAGCGCUGGUUCCGCCACCACGUGACCCAGAGGAGGAACACAGAGGCGGCACUGCGGCAGAUCCUCACCUCCAAAAAGAAGGAACGAGAGCAGCGUCAGGAGGAGGAUAAAGCAGGAGGAUCACAGAGGAAAAGAGAGGAGGACAGGAAACGCAUCAGAGAGGAGAAAGCUCGCCUCGCCCGAAGCGCCGCCAUCCGGGAGCUGCAGCAGAAGCGAACUCAGAGAGCAGUAGAUGUACAGAAGACGGAGGAGGAGGAGUUAGAAGCCCCAGUGCAUUCUGGGAAAGUGGGGCGUAAAAAGCUCACCCAGAGUUUACCUGCCUCUCCUACAGCCGCCAAGGCCAAGAACACAGAUUCUAAUGUGAAUUUGGUGAGUGAUGUGGAAGAUGCUGCUAACCUGAGAGCAUCAUCACCUGCAGCCUCCACACGCCGAGGAUCUCAGUGCUCUCAGGAGAUUCUGCAGAGGUCAGUAAGUGUUGAGGAUCAGAGGCCGGGGGUUCAGUCCAGCAGAGCUCAGUCUAAAACCACCCUGCACGACCUGCUGGACUCCCUCAAACUGCUGGAGGAGGAGCCUGAGGUCCUGUCAGAGUCCAAGAGCUACAGGAAGGACAAAUACGCCUGGAUCGACGAGGACGGUGCUUCUAACUCCUUAACCACGGAUAACCUGGAGCGCCACGGGCAGCUGAGUCAGACCCCCGCCCUGCCAGACGAGGGCGCCCUGCUGUCCGAGGCCAAGCUGCAGAGCAUCAUGAGCUUCCUGGAUGAGAUGGAGAAAUCUGAACAGGAGAGACCGAGGUCCGUCACAUCCGGAUCACACCGAGAGGUGCUUCUCUCUGAGGAGGAGCUGGUUGGGGUGGAUCAUGCUUCAGCUGCAGUGGUGGAGGUCAGCAGCUCCAUGAUGAGAAUUAAACUGGAGCUGGAUGAGAAGAAGAGGACCGUUCACAUGCUGCAGAGCGCUCUGGCUCAGCAGAGGGAACUGACCCUCCACCACGUGAAGGCGACGGAGAAGGAGCUCAACCACAACUUCCAGCUGCAGAAACAGCAGUACGAGGCCACCAUACAGCGCCACCUAGCGUUUAUAGACCAGCUGAUCGAUGAUAAGAAGGCGCUGAGCGAGCGCUGUGAGGGCGUGGUCACCGAACUCAAACAGGUGGAUCAGAAAUACACCAAGAAGAUCGGCCAGAUGCAGGAGCAGCACGAACUGGUUUGGCAAAUUCUGGGUCCCCUGUGUGAGGAGAUUAAGAAGCUGAAAGAGCUGAUGAGCGCUACAGAAAAGAUCCGCAGAGAGAAAUGGAUUGAUGAGAAAACAAAGAAGAUCAAGGAGAUCACUGUAAAAGGCCUCGAACCAGAGAUCCAGAAGCUGAUCUCUAAACAUAAGCAGGAGCUGAAGAAGCUGCGGGUCCUUCACGAGGCGGAGCUGCUGCAGGCAGAUGAACGGGCAGCUCAGAGAUAUGUCCUUCAGACCGAGGAGCUCCGGCAGCAACUCCACCAGGAGAGAGAGCAGCAGUGCCAGAGAGAGAGAGAGCUCGCCAAACAGCGGUAUGAGAAGCAGCUGCAGGAGGAGGAGAAUGCGCUGCAGCAGCAGAGGAGGAGGUUGUAUAAAGAAGUUGCGGAGGAGAAAGAACGACUGAAUCAGCUCUCAGCGAGGCAGCGAGCUGAGCUGGAGGAGCUGAAGACUCACCUGGAGAACAACAGCUCUCUGGCAGCUCGAGCUCUGAGAGAAGAAAUGGAGAAAAGCAGAGAAGAACAGGAGAGACGACACCAGAUUGAGAUGAAGGCUCUGCGGGAGCGGCUGGAUAUAGAGAAGCAGACGUGGGAGGAGAACUAUAUGAAGAAGGAGGAAGCCUGGCUGCUGAGCCGAGAGCGGGAGCUGAAGGAGGAGGUGCGGAGGGGGCGGGACAAAGAGAUCGAGCUGGCCAUUCAGAGGCUGGAGGAGGAGACGAGUGGAGCUCGGGAGGAGUGCGAGAGAGCUGCUGAUAAUCGGGUGAAGCGUGUGAGGGAUAAGUACGAGGCGGAGCUGCGGGAGGCGGAGCAGUCGGAGAGGGCGGCGGUGGAGAAGCAGCAAGAGGUGAAGAAGAGGCUGGUGGAGGUGGAGGGGGAGAUGCUCCGCCUGCAGACCCUCCUCACUCAGAGAGACCAGGAGAUCACCGACAUCACCCAGGUCCGUGAUAGGCUGGCGGAGGAGAGGCGGAGCCUGGCGGAGGUGAUCCGGCAGGAGUUUGCUGAUAGGCUGGUGGAGACGGAGGAGGAGAACCGGAGGAUGAAGGGGGAGGUGGCAGAGGUUCGGGCCCGCCUCCGUCUGGAGGUGGAGCGACUGAGCCGAGAGAAGGAGGAGGAGCUAGCGGAGGUUCACCAACGAGUGAAGUCAGCAAUCCUAAAGAAAGAGGAGACCGUCAACAACCUGAGAAAACAACACGAGGUGGCGCUGAAGAGGGCGGAGCAUCUGGAGACUCUGUUGGAGCAGCAGAGGAAACAACUGUUGGGGAAAUGAUUGACAGGUCGUGAACUCGUCCAUUCCCCACCCCCAAGCUCCUCCCCCGCGUCCUGAUUGGUCCGUAUCCUCCAGUCCGGUCCGGUCUAGUUCAGCCCCAACGAUCCAUCCGCCCAGAGAGAACAGCGUUCCCGUCCCUCCGGAGCGGAACAGCGGAACAGGAGCCUCUGUUAUAAACUACAAACCAUAGACUGAACUAUAGAGUCACUACACUACACACACACACACUACACACUAGUGUGUGUGAGAGUGUGUGUGAGAGUGUGUGUGAGAGUGUGUGUGAGAGUGUGUGUGUGAGUGUGUGUGUGAGUGUGUGUGAGAGUGUGUGUGAGAGUGUGUGUGAGAGUGUGUGUGAGAGUGUGUGUGAGAGUGUGUGUGAGAGUGUGUGAGUGUGUGAGAGUGUGUGUGAGAGUGUGUGUGUGAGUGUGUGUGAGUGUGUGUGAGAGUGUGUGUGAGAGUGUGUGUGAGAGUGUGUGUGAGAGUGUGUGUGAGAGUGUGUGUGAGUGUGUGUGUGAGAGUGUGUGUGUGAGAGUGUGUGUGUGUGUGUGUGUGUGUGAGAGUGUGUGUGAGAGUGUGUGUGAGAGUGUGUGUGAGAGUGUGUGUGAGUGUGUGUGUGUGAGAGUGUGUGUGAGAGUGUGUGUGAGAGUGUGUGUGAGAGUGUGUGUGAGAGUGUGUGUGAGAGUGUGUGUGAGUGUGUGUGUGUGUGUGUGUGUGAGAGUGUGUGUGUGUGUGUGUGUGUGUGAGAGUGUGUGUGAGAGUGUGUGUGAGAGUGUGUGUGAGAGUGUGUGUGAGAGUGUGUGUGAGUGUGUGUGUGUGUGUGUGUGUGAGAGUGUGUGUGUGUGAGAGUGUGUGUGAGAGUGUGUGUGAGAGUGUGUGUGAGAGUGUGUGUGAGUGUGUGAGAGUGUGUGUGAGAGUGUGAGUGAGUGUGUGUGUGUGAGAGUGUGUGUGAGUGUGUGUGUGAGUGUGUG